GGGAAAGGUUGGUCUCUGUCUGGCUAAGUACCCCCCAAAAAGAAUAGCCCAGGCCGCCCCCCUAGGUGGAAACAAUGACACAAUCAGCUCCCAAUACCAAGGCCCUGACAUCACGAAAGGGGGGUGGCUGAGGUGGGGGGUGCCCCGCCCCUUGGCAGGCCCCUGUGGCCAAUGGGACAGCCUUGGAAGAGGCCCGGGCAGCCUCCGUAGCUUCAAAAACCUGUGAGGAGGGAAGAGAGUACAGACAGAGCCUCAGCUGCUGCGGCUGUCCUCAGAGCCACUGUCACCACUGCCCACCACCGGCCAGCAUGUCCUCUGCUCACUUCAACCGAGGCCCCGCCUACGGUCUGUCAGCGGAGGUCAAGAACAAGCUGGCCCAGAAGUAUGACCUCCAGAGGGAGCAGGAGCUCCGAGAAUGGAUUGAGGGGGUGACCGGACGCCGCAUAGGCAACAACUUCAUGGACGGCCUCAAAGACGGCAUCAUUCUUUGCGAGUUCAUCAACAAGCUGCAGCCAGGCUCCGUGAAGAAGAUCAACGAGUCGACACAAAAUUGGCACCAGCUGGAGAACAUAGGCAACUUCAUCAAGGCCAUCACCAAGUAUGGGGUGAAGCCCCAUGACAUCUUUGAGGCAAAUGACCUGUUCGAGAACACCAACCAUACCCAGGUGCAGUCUACCCUCCUGGCCCUGGCCAGCAUGGCCAAGACAAAGGGGAACAAGGUGAAUGUGGGGAUAAAGUAUGCGGAGAAACAGGAGCGGAAAUUUGAGCCGAAGAAGCUUCGAGAAGGGCGGAACAUCAUUGGGCUGCAGAUGGGCACCAACAAGUUUGCCAGCCAGCAGGGCAUGACGGCCUAUGGCACCCGGCGCCACCUCUAUGACCCCAAGCUGGGCACGGACCAGCCCCUGGACCAGGCCACCAUCAGCCUGCAGAUGGGCACCAACAAGGGAGCCAGCCAGGCUGGCAUGACAGCUCCUGGGACCAAGCGGCAGAUCUUCGAGCCAGGCCUGGGCAUGGAGCACUGCGACACUCUCAACAUCAGCCUGCAGAUGGGCAGCAAUAAGGGGGCCUCGCAGCGGGGCAUGACGGUGUAUGGGCUCCCUCGCCAGGUCUAUGACCAAUACUGCCUGACGCCUAGGUCCCCGGAGAUGGGCGAGCCUGCCCAUAACCACCACCCACACAAACUACUUACAACUCCGCCUAGGGCCCUGGGCCUCCUGAUCCCCAGGGAGGCUGGCUGCUGCUAUCUACGGCCUAGCCCGGCCCCCACUGCCCCUGCCCCUGCAUGGCGCCCUUUCGCCCCUGGCACCUGCCUACAGGGUUAGCAUUUAGGGGGAGCAUUACUGGGGGGUCCUUUGCGGGGAAGGGAGCCCUCCUCCCUGGAGCGCUGCAGGGUCCAACACUGAGCCAGGUGUGCCCAACAGCACCCAAAGGAUCGCACUGAGCAAAGCUACCGCGCUAUCCCCAUUCCCUCCCAGGUGGGUUCCCUCCAGGACAAGAAGCUCCCACGCGAAGCCCCCAGAGCCCAGGCUCAGCCUGCCCCCACCCCCAUUUCCAGAGUGGGAGCCAACUGCCUGCCAGAGAACCCAGCGGACACACACGGUUUGGUUUGCAGCGAACUGGUGUAUGGAUGUGACAGCAGUGUUUGUAACGCGAGCAAUUUUUCUCCUUCACUGGAGCACACCAUAAAUGGCUGUUAGAAUCAUCUGAA